UGUCACCAUCAUGCCACCCACUUGCCUGCUAGGCUGUGGUGUAUUUUGCACAGGCUCACCAGGGAGCCCAAUUUAACAUGUUCUUCGCUUGUAAAUUUCAAGACUCCUUGGCUCCUCAGGGUUCAGACCACCCAGGCCCUGAGACUGAGCAAAUACCCUGGAAGUAGAAUCACGCAGGUUGGGCUGCGGGAGCACAUGGAGGCGAGGCAAGCACCUGAACCACGCCUGAGGAAUGAGGAGGAAGUAGCCAGAAAGGAGGCCAAAGGCCAGUCCCUAAACAUGCAGGUGCUGCUGAAGGCUGUGGACAGGAGAGAAGGGGGAUGUCUGGGGAAGGGUAGGUUGCUCCCCAGCCACGCCUUGCACCUCCUUAGUGGGUGAGGCAAGUGAGGGGGGCAUUUCCUUCCUGCCAUCUGAUGGCAGUGGGGAACCUGCUGAUAGAUUUCAGAGAUUUGGGGGAAUUAGGCCAGUAGAGCUGGGAAGGAAGCUUUGCUGGGAGACGCUCACCUUUCAUGGACUGACUCCACUGGCACCUCAGAAUGUGGGGUGUCUGCCUUCUGUCUGAACAAGCGCCGGGAAUGCAGAGGAGUAGCCUUGGGCUAUGCUCACCGUGUGUUUCAUUGUUCAGUCCUCCCUGGGCUCUGCCUCCGCCUCGCCUUUCCAGCCACACGUGCCUUACAGCCCCUUCCGAGGGAUGCCGCCCUACGGCCCGCUGGCGGCCAGCUCCCUGCUCAGCCAGCAGUAUGCCGCCUCCCUGGGUCUCGAGAAGCUGGUAAGCCCUCCAGCCUCAGCCGCUGCUUCCAGCCCUAGCUCUUCUCCAUCUCCACAGCCCGUUUCAGAGCUUGACUUGUCCUCAGAGCCACAGCAGCUCACUGCCAAGGGAACUGGUUUUCCAUCUGUCCCAGUCGGCAAGAGCCCCAUGGUGGAGCAGGCUGUCCAGACCAGCUCUGUUGAUAACCUGAAUGCCAAAAAGCUGUUACCUGGCAAGGGCACCACGGGGACGCAGCUCAGCGGGCGCCAGGCCCAGCCCAGCAGCAAGACUGCCAGUGAUGGAGUCCAGCCGGCAGCUGUGCAAACCCAAGGGCAGGUGAAUGAUGAGAAUAGGAGACCUCAGAGGCGGCGCUCAGGGAACAGGCGCACGAGGAACCGCUCCAGAGGGCAGAACCGACCCACGAGCGUCAAGGAGAACACGAUCAAGUUCGAGGGCGACUUUGAUUUUGAGAGUGCAAAUGCCCAGUUCAACCGAGAGGAGCUUGACAAAGAGUUUAAGAAGAAACUGAACUUCAAAGAUGAUAAGGCUGAGAAAGGGGAGGAGAAGGACCCAACAGUGGUGUCCCAGAAUGAUGAAGUGCCCACUGAGGAAGACCUGCUGGGGCCCAACUGCUACUAUGACAAGUCCAAGUCAUUCUUUGAUAACAUCUCUUCUGAACUCAAGACAAGUUCCAGGCGGACGACAUGGGCUGAAGAGAGAAAGCUCAACACAGAGACCUUUGGGGUAUCAGGGAGGUUUCUUCGUGGCCGCAGCUCCCGGGGCGGAUUCCGAGGAGGCAGGGGCAAUGGGACAACCCGGCGCAACCCAACUUCCCAUAGAGCUGGGACUGGCAGGGUGUAGGGAUGCAACCGAAGGCUGAAGUGGCACAGAAGUGAAGCUGUGUGUGUAAGGACACAAGGACAACGCUGCACUUAGGGGAGAACGGGGGUCACUUUGUUUACGGAGUUGGGAGGAUUCCCCAUACUGCUACUUAUGUUUUGGACUUAGCUGAACUUGGACAUGGUCUGAGUUAGAACCACUUGUUUUUGGGAAGUAUUCAUGGGUAACCUCUUUGAGGUGUCUUGACGGAUGUUUCAUUUUUUUAGUUGAGCAUAGCCUAAUUCUAAGGUUUUGGUAUUUUGCAAAAAAAAAAAAAAAGUUUCUAUAGCAAAAGCUUAAUUUUCAAUUUGAGACUUUUUUUUAAUGACAGCUUGGACUUUAAAAGUGGAACUAAAAUCUCUUUUGGCAAACGUGGCAGCCAAGUGCAUCUCUGUAACCCGGCUGGCCCCUGGUGCUGCUGGCCUGGCACCCCCCACGUCCAAAGGUGGGGUCUUGGGAGCCAGGCAGGGCCAGCACGGUGUGGUGUGGGGGCUGGUGGACUGAGGAUAGGGGAAGGGGACUGUCCCACGGAUCAUGUUAUAAGCGAACAGUCAACUCUCACACAUACAGAGUGAUGAAGAGGUUGAAGGCUGGCAGGAGAGGGUGGGCCAGAAGGACUAGGGAGUAGUUGGGGGGAGGGUCUCUGAGUGCUUGCUGCAGAGCUGGUGCACGUGGGGGGGCACCUUGGCCCUUUGUCCCUCUGUUCUGUCCCUGCCAGCCUCUGACCUGGGUCAGUGGGUCAUUAUUGGGAGUCUGGCCAAAAACCCUUUGGUGUCCUCAUCCACUUGGAAAAGAGCCAGUCUUUUUUGCAAGGUCAAUGACCAAGAGUAUAUUUCUCCUCCAUUGUAAAUAGUUCUGUUUUUCUUUUCAGGUGGGUGGAGGGAGGGUGGGGAACAUAAACUUGUUGCAUGAGUCAGUAGGUCAGAACUGUAGUGUCCGCAUGCGUCCUUCUGAGCGACAGGGCAUUGUGUUGAAAUAAGCACCUUGGUAACUAGACCCCGUUAUUAGCUCUAAAGGCUUUAGUUCUGUAUUGAUUAAGUUACUGUAAAAGCUUGAGUUUAUUUUUUUAGGACUUAAUGGCUAAGAAUUAGAACAUAGCAAUGGGGCUGCUCUGUUGGGAGUCAUGUAAAUUGUACUUAUAAAUAAACAUGCAAACCUUUAAAACUC